CAAAGUGAUGUAAUUUGAACCAUUAGUCAUGCUGGCUAUGAAAAACAUUGUUUGGAAUUUGUGUAUCAUGCUCAUGUAAUGUUUAAUGGUCUUUUCAACAAAAAUGGAAUGUUCUCUUGAUUUUUAAUGAGAGACAGAAAUUGGUUUUCUUGGAAACUUGUCAUUAAGGGGGAAAAAUGAUUCUGUGUAGCCCCAAUUCAUUUGCCGUGAAUUGAGCAAUUCGAGUUUGAUUAAUUUGUUUCGCAGAAUUAAUCUGUUACAUGUGCCAGUAUGUUGGCCAAAUGGCCCUUCAGUGUGUAAUUUAUCAUUUUCAGUUUUCAUAAAAGCCUGUUUGUCGUCAGCUCCACUCAUCCAAUUCCAGUUCGUCAUCAUAUCACACGCCACCAGUAAAUGCUGCAUUUUGUGAAAUGUAACAAUGUUGUAGACAAUCGGCAGAUACCGUGAAUAUUUGAAUACUCAUUAAUGCUCAUGUAUUGGUACCGGUGUAGCAUGAAUUUAGGUUUUAUGAAAUACGGACUCAUUGGUGGUAUUGCGCAUGCUCAUGCAUAGAUAAUUAGGAGAAGGACCGGUCACAUGAGAGGGUUUACCCAAUAAAAGGGAAAAAGAGUCCGAUUUUCAUACGAGUCGGAUUUUCAUAUGACAUGCUACAAGUCAGAUGGUGCACAUUUAUUUGGAUCUAAUACUCGUUUUUGUUAAUAUUGCGUGGGUGUUCGUCUGGUCUGCCAUCAGAAGAGGCACAGUUAAAAGAUGUACGUGAUACCAUUGUGUGGACCUACUGUUAUUUGGUGUAUGCAUGCGAACAUCAACAAGUGAAUGAACUCCUUUCCUUAAUUGUAUGAACUAAGAUGGGUCUUCUGUCAUCUCAGAUUUUGAAGGGCCAAAAUCUUGUGGCGUUUCAGUGAACAAUCAAACUGAAAACUCGACUGUUGGCUGUUUCUGAACUCUAUUGGUUUGUGAAAUCAUGAGACAGGAUCUUCAGUGAUGCGUAUCUAUGGCAACAGGCACUCAUCUGAUGAACCAAAUAGUUCACAUGAUUGAAGAGGUCUGAUCUUAAAAUUGUCACCCAGUAAUCACUGUUUCAGAGCUCUGAGCUUGACUACGGUGUUUUGGAAUGGAUGACUUAAGUAACAGCACAAGUUCCUUACAUGAUGAGGUGUACUCUAGCUAUGCAGAGCGGCAGAUCAUAGCUGCUGUUGCUCUUGUAGUUUCAGUUUUGGGACUAUUUGGCAAUGCACUGGUUAUCGCUGCAGUGGUUUUAUCCAAGAAACUCUGGAAUGCAACCUACAUGUUUGUGCUGAAUUUGAGCAUUGCUGACUUUGUGACCUGUGCUUACGUUAUUCCGAUAAAUGCAGCCGUACUUCUCAGUACAGAGCACAUGCCUGCAUUGAUGCCCUUUUGUACCGUUGCAGGUUUCUUGUUUACACUCUGCUUUGGAUGUAGCCUUAAUAAUCUUACCUGCAUUGCCAUCAGCAGGUAUGCAAUUGUUAGUGUGAGUAAGGCAACAUACAGCAAGUUGUUUAGCCGGAGACGUACUGCUGUAGCCAUUGCACUGACAUGGCUGGUAUCCACGUGUGCUGUGCUCAUCCCAGCCCUCACUGGUUGCCUACAACUCGGACUUGAUGAAGUGUAUCUGUCCUGCGUUGUGGACACACAGAACAGUUCUAAAGGCUGCUCCAUAGCUUACAUGGCUUGUCUCGUUCCCAUUCAAUUCUGUCUCAUAACUUGGAGUUGCGUGAUGAUCUUUUACCGCAUCCGCACCCACGCAAAGAGAUCUCAACAUUUAGCUCCCAUUGAAAUGCGAGUCUAUGGCAACCGGAGAAUGCAGCAUCCCAAACCAAGCAACAAACUCCAAGUUGAAGUGACCAAGAAUCUUUUGUUUGUGGUGGGCGCCUUUGUUGUGUGCAUUUUGCCUGUGAACAUCUGUGUACUUUUGUUGAACACACUGGCAGACACGGCCAUGGUCAAAAAGAUCUUUCCGGUUUCUUUCACUAUCUUGUUGAUUAACAGUUGUCUGAACCCAAUGAUCUAUGGGCUUAAAAACCCUCUCUUCAAGACUGUGUUCCGCUGCAUUGUUCGAGGGAAAUUUGCUGAAAUACCGGACAGGAUCUGGAAAUAACAACAUUGUCCAGAACAAAA